ACUCCAAUUAAUAGAGCAUGCUGGGUAUAUAUCUCCACGCGCAUUAAUUAUUUAACACAGUUGCUGCACGUUUUGGACAGAAUGGAUCUCUUGAUGAUAUGCUGCUGUGCUUUUCUCCUGACAGUGAGUCCCGCGUAUUCCAAACCCAGAAUUGUGGACCUUACCCACAAACAGGACGAGGACUCUAUCACGUGGCCGAUCAACCCGUCGUACAACUUCACCGUGCUCCUACGAGGAUUUUCAAAAAAGUACAAUGCCUGGCUUGAAAACAACUUUUUUGCCAUGCCAGAGCACAUGGGGACUCACAUAGACGCACCGUCCCACUUCUCAAAAGACGGCUGGAGGAUCCACCAAAUUCCCAUAGAGAAAUUGUACGGACCAGGGGUCAUUAUAAAUGUGAAAUCCAAAGCUGCGAACGAUCCGGAUUACAGAGUUUCUGUAGAUGACUUAAUGGCAUGGGAGGAAAAACACGGAGAGAUUCCGAGACACGCUGUGGUUUUGAUGAACUCGGGUUGGUCUGACAAAUAUCCAAACAAAACUCUUAUCUUCGGAACGCCUCAUCACAAGGAUACAUCUAAGUUCCAUUUCCCCAGCUGGCACAAGGAUUCCGUCACGUGGUUAAUAGCCAAACGACAGGUCAUCGCCGUUGGAGUGGACAGUCCCUCAACAGAUUAUGGACAAACCAAGACAUUUCCCUGUCACGUGAUCAUGGGGAAAAACAAUGUAGUGCAGAUAGAGAACGUAGCGAACCUGGACAACAUUCCGGAAAGUGGCAGCACCGUCUAUAUGCCUGUUCUGAAGAUUUUUGACGGAAGCGGUGGACCUACUCGACUUUUCGGAACAUAUGAUGAUGAACCGAAUAAAACAAAUGCUGCUAUGCACAUCACGAGUGCCACACUCUACAUGUACCUCUUGAUUGCCAUUCUCAUUGGUGAACGUUACUCAGUACUCAAUUUGUCAUAGAUCCCAUGGAUACUUAAUCCUAUUCUACCUAUGCAAAAUGAUUAAUUGUUUUGUUUUUUGUUGUUGUUUUUUUACUUGUAAGCGUAAAUAGUAUAAAACGUCUCUGUACAUUGAAUGCUUGUAUGUAUUCGUAUUAUAUAAUAUACAUUAGAAAAUAUAA